AUGAAGGAAAGAAGAAACACACAGCCGCUGGUGAUCAGAUGUAAACUGGUUCUGGUUGGAGAUGUGCAAUGCGGGAAAACUGCAAUGCUGCAGGUUCUGGCCAAGGACUGCUACCCAGAGACAUAUGUUCCUACUGUGUUUGAGAACUACACAGCAUGCCUGGAGCUGGAAGACCAGCGUGUGGAGCUGAGUUUGUGGGACACAUCAGGUUCACCCUACUAUGACAACGUGAGGCCACUGUGCUACAGCGAUUCAGACGCCGUGCUCCUGUGCUUCGACAUCAGCCGUCCAGACACUGUGGAGAGUGGACUCAAGAAGUGGAAAACCGAAAUCAUGGACUUCUGCCCCAACACCCGAAUUCUACUAGUCGGAUGCAAAACAGACCUGCGUACAGACGUCUGCACACUGAUGGAACUGUCCAAUCAGAAACAAACGCCUAUUACCCAUGAGCAGGGUUCGGCCAUGGCCAAGCAGCUCGGAGCCGAGGCCUAUCUGGAGUGCUCGGCCUUCACGUCAGAAAAGAGCAUCCACAGCGUGUUCCGUACUGCCGCGCUGGCCUGCAUCAACAAGCUUCAGCCUCUGAACAAGCCCACUCCCAACCGGCGCCUCUCCAAACGUCUGCUUCACCUGCCCAGCCGCUCCGAGCUGCUGUCCACCACCUUUAAGAAGGAGAAGGCCAAGACCUGCUCAGUCAUGUGAGCGGUGGGGUUACGCUCCUCGACCAGCUAGCUUUUCGUCCCCCCCCCCCCCGUGCUUUAGUCCGGGGAAGGGGGGUGAGUUUCGAUGUCCUCGUCGAUGAAGGCUUCAUCUGGGAAUCUUUUCUCACCCCCCGAAAAAAAGUCAUUUCAGAACAAGUGGACAUCACGCUGUCCAGUUUGUCCUGAUCUCUGCACCAGUGCAUAUCCGUCUUUCCCAGUACACUAUCUCGCUUUUUCUUCUCGAUCGACGUUUGAUCAUCAGCCGACGUAUCCAUCAUUCGCUGUAUUGAGAGAACUGUUCUGUGAUUCGAUGUUGUGACCAGGUUCACACGCAUUCAGAAAAUAAGGUUCGGUAAUGUGAAUCGCCUCUUCGAUGUAUUAUCGGCUCCCUAAAGUCAGACUAUAUUUUUGAUUAAAAAAAUUUCAAACCUAUAUAAUAUGCACUGAGGAGAGUCUGAGAGAAAGGCUCCUGGAAACGGGGCGUUGGGAAGCUGUGCAAGGUCAGGGUCAUUUUAAGGAAGUUGCCCGUGAAAGCAUUUCCAGCUGAAUUGGCUGCUGUGCAGACUGACCGCUGUAAAUCUGUGGCCACGUGCCUGCAGUGUUCGGCUGUUUCCGUAGCAGAAUGACGAGAUGUUUGAGAUGGCUGAGCAUUAAUGAAGGAAAAAUUUGCAGCAAGUGACUUGUGAAGGCAACCAAAGAUGAGCUUCCGAUCCCCUAUGAUUAAAUACCAACUGAUCUAAGUGCCUCUGUAUUUAGAGGCAACAAAUUGCCUGGUAUAAAAAAACGGAGGCGUGUAACUGCCAGCCAAUUGGUACAUGAGCCUCCUACGUCUGAGUUCUGUAGGAACUCCAAAUUUUACAACAUACAGCUGAGUUUCAGAAACAAUCGUAUUACCUAGGGUGACUGU